AUGCCAUCAGCUCUUCAGCAUUCUGUACGCCCGCAUCAGCGCUCCUCUCUGAGUAAAUACGACCAGUGUGAGCGGGCCAGAGCAUGCUCCCUAUCCCACAUCACUGACCAUGCAUGGCUCAUCUCAGCCUGCUGCCAUCUGCCUGGAGCUGGAACCCACGCCAGGCCACGCCACGCCACUAAAACCACUAAAACCACUACUGCAGAUGCCCCUCAGGCCAGCUGUAGUCAGUUGGCAAUGUCAAAGCACGUCCUUGGAAUAACGAGCCCCCACCACGUCCUGUUGGGCUUCUGCUCCUGA